UCCUUUGUGCCCCAUUAUGGGGCCAUGGCUGCUGCCCAUGCUGGGUGGACUUCAUCUGGGCCCCUUUUACCUGUAUAGCCACAGGUGGAUCUGUUGGUUUUGGCAGAUGUCUUUGCUCUGUGCCCUGGCUGACUCUGCACAACCAGGAAGUUUCUGAGCCAGCAGCUACCCACCCACCCACAGGCUCCUGUUCAAAGUUUAGAGCAGUUGGGGGAAGGCAGCUCACAGCUGGGAGAAAGUUUCCCUGCAGAGAAGGAAGCCCCUGUCCCCCUUCCAGGAGGCAGGACAGCUUGGGACUGCAGGAGACUUUGAGCCAGGGACUUGCUUCUCCUUGUGUGGUUUUAUUGCCCCACCCUCCCUUCCACCUGGCCGCAUGGCUCCCUCUUCAGCAGAGAGACCAGAGUAUUCGAAAGUCACUUUCAGCUCUUGCCUGCUGCAAUGGAGUUUAGCAUCCAUUGUCCCUGUCCUGCUCACAGUUCUCCUGCUCCUUCUCUGCAUCCCCUUUAAAAGGAAAAAACAAAGUUUUUCCACCAGACCCCUUGGGAGACACGUUGACUCCUCCAAGCUCAUCAGAAUGACUCGGCUAGGAGACCGAUCAGCCAGCAGUCCUGCAGGGAAACAACCAAAGGCUGGAACAACUGUGCAGGAAGGCGGCUCUUUGCCCAGCGACCCGGGAGCACCAGCCCAAAGGCAGACAAAUGGCUUCACUGGAAAUGCCCAUCCUCAGCCAGGAGGCUCCAGCUGCACAAAGGAUUUGGACUCCUCUCCAGCAAACCAUCGAGGGGAGAGGGAAUCCAGAGCAUCGGCCGCAGGUGUCUUGGGAAGUAGCUCCCCAGUGGCAUCUCAGGAAAAUUCAACUGCCAUAGAGUCUUUGCAGCUCCGGGAGCUCCCAGCGACUCCAGGGGAUAUGCAAGUAACGACUGCAGAGCAGCUUAGUUCCAGUCAGGACGCAUAUGGUCCAAUCUACGAAAGCAUCAGGUAUAAAGGAAUCACGUGCUCCCGAGGGAGUUUGUACGAACUAAGUGCUGGCACUGCAGAAGGCCCUAAUAUGAACUCAGGCCAUGCUACUGCAGGGGGUGAGGAGAGUGAGCCAGGGGAAACACUGCCACGAUGCAAUAGCAAACAGGAGCAGCUGGUGGCUGAUGAUUCCAGGGGGGACCCCGGGAAGUCACCUCAGGAGUGGCAGGAACUCGCCUUGGAGGAGGAUGCUGUGAACGAGUCCUUGACUGAAAGGGAGAAGCAGCUCAGGGCGAUGUACGCGCGAGUGUGUAAGAAAUCCAAGUCCCUCGGGCUCUCACAGCCUGCAAGCCCAGAUGCUUCCACAGAGCCGGAAGAGGAGGAGCCUCCGCCCCUACCAGAAAAGCACUUGGAUGUGAUCUAUGAAAUCCUGGGGAGCCUGGGGUCUGAGACACAGGACAGUGAGGUGCCCACCGUCUUAGCCCAGCCAGAAGAAUGAGGAGCCCCAACUUCAGGGGAAGGCUAUAUCAAGUACAGAGAGAACUCCAAUCCUGACUAGCCCUGCCAGGAGAGGCAGACGUUUGCUGACCUUUCAUGGAGGGACGCUGUGAAGCCAUGCCUGACACAAGCAUCCCCAGCUCCUGCCCCUACCCUAUUAACAGUAUUACCCGGAUACACCAAGGACCUCCGUAGAGAUCACAGUUAGGAACGUCCCGCUGCCGCUGAUGUCACAGUGUCGACAGCUCCAUCAAAGGUGCUGGAACAGCAUGUCUUACCCGCAACAGCUGUUGAAGAAACUGAUACCAAUCAUGUCUGAGCAUGGAGCGCGACAUGACAGGCUCUGAGCGUUACAGGGAGACUAAGGGAGUGAUGGAUCUCCACCAGUAUCCUCCUGAGACCUGUGCACUGGGACGUGAUGUCUGCCCUUUUGGAGACACUGUUGUACCGCAAGUGCCAGAACCCUCCCUCUCACCCAGCUGAACCCUCCCUAUCACCCAGCUGUUACUACGGGGUUUGAAAGCCAGCGCUGUACAACAGCGUGGUACGAUAGCUGUGCGCUCAGCUGUGAUGAAGUCUUUGGCUAGUAACUGAAUGCCCUUGAGGAGGUAUUCCCUGGCUGGGUGCAACAAGGUUUCAGAAAUGAAGAGCAUGUCUUGGAAGUCCCAAGGGGAAAGCAGAACGAGCAGGGUGAUUACAGUACAUUAUGCAGGCAGGAGCAAAUCAGUAUAGGUCACCAUGUCCCACAGGGCUGCUAAGUGGUGGCUUUUGGAAACUCAUGUCUAAUUCUAUGGGAGCCCAGAUCAAAUAGUAACUUAUCAAAUUUCUCUUUCUCCAGCACUUGGUCUGGGAAUUAAUAGCCCUGCUGUGAUCUAAACUUUAGGGCCUUCUGAUAGUAAUCUGUAGCCUUAUCUCGAUUUCCCCCUCAAUCUGCUCUCUGAUACUGGCAUAAAUCCACUGACUUCAGUAGUGUUACUGCUGAAUUACACUAGCAUAAGUGGGAGGAGAAUUGGGCCCAGUACUUUACCUGGGCUAAAAUCUACUGUCAGCAUGUCCCAGCCUGGCUUACCCAUUACACUAAGGGGGUACACAGCAUGUCAUGACUACAGAAGCUGAUGCAUUGUGACUGUUAGUGUGAUCACAGUAACUUUGUCAGUGUGCCAACGGGACAUUGUUCAGAGCUGCAUCUGAUAGUGUUUGGUGCAAGGGGAAGGGCCGUCCCUUCUCCGUUAUCAACCCGGUUAUUCAGAGUUAAGACAAACAAAUAUCUGAGCCAACCCUCCAAAAAGCAUUUAGCGGGAAAUGGCUGGGGGUUGUGCCAGGGAAUUCUGUCCUCCCCCCAUCAGCUGUCCUGAAAAUAAAAUCAAAGGAGAUGAGUGUGUUCAUCUUGUAAGGAGGCAUCAAGAUCAAGAACCACCUGAAGUCUGUCUCCCACCCACAAGAACUGGCAAAUAACGUUUUACAGGGAAUCUUAAAGCUUGGCUACCUAGCAAAGAGCUCACUCAACAAGCUCUUAAUCAAAAAUUUCCACCAUUCUGCUCUGCCUGGGGCUAUGAAAAUCAACAGGGUAAGAAACCAUUCUCACUGUGAAAUGUGUAUAUUUUUUCACUUUGUAUUAAGGUUCUGUUUGUAAGGAGUUUUUAAAUGGUUAAUCAGUGAUUAAUAAAUGGUUUAUAGAUUGUUACAGAUCUAUCACAGUGAGAGGUUGCUUAUAACCAGUGGCUUAUAACUAUCCAUAACACCUACUGUUACCUUGUAAC